AUGGCUUCUGGGUCUUCAACCCCAGCGCAAGUCAAAGGACCAAUUCCAAAGUACAAGUUUGAAGGACACGAAAAUACGAUUUGGGAUUUCGUCUUCUUGCACGACAACGUCCACAUUGUGAGCAGUUCUGAGGACGGCACGCUUCGGAAGUGGAACUGCGAUACAGGACUUAUCGUUGGAGAACCAUGGGAAGGGAAGGGCGGGAGGAUAUAUGCACUGGCGCUUUCACCGGACGGGAAGACGAUUGCGUGUGGGAGAGAGGAUGGAAGUGUUCAGCGGUGGAAUACCGACGGGGAGAUGAUCGGAGGUGUUUUGACGGGUCAUAGCGACUCGGUGAUGUCACUAUCGUGGUCUCCUAGCGGGGACGAUAUUGCAAGCGGGUCCAGCGAUGGAACAGUUCUGAUUCGAAAAGCAAAAAACGGCGUCGUGGUGGGCCGGAUCAGGACAGAUCUAGAGCAAGGCGGGGUGUAUGCUCUUGCAUAUUCACUUUCGGGCGACAGAAUUGCAUCGGGCGGGAACAAAGCGAUUUGCAUUUGGAACACGAAGACCGGCGAGCUCGUUAUCGGCGCCAUCGAAGGCCUCCAGAAAUAUGUGACGUCGCUGGUGUGGUCGUUGGACAGCACAAAACUUUACUCCGCAUCCGACAAUUUCGCACGUGUUUUCGACAGCAAAUCAGGGAAACGACUUCUUUCCCACCAGCACGAUAGUCCUCUGUAUUCCGUCGCACUUUCACCCAAACACAAUAUUCUGGCGUGCGUGGGCAUUGAUGGUAUUGCCAAACUAUGGGACACAGAGUCCCUUCGGCCACUUGGUCAGCCGUUCGGCCAGGAUCGCCAAAGGCUUUGCCAUGUGUCAUUUUCUCCAGAUGGGAGAUACUUGGCAUAUAGCGGAGGGAACAACAAACUCACUCUCUGGUCUGUCAAAGACAUAGCUCCUCAGCUUGUAGCACCAAUACUCCCUCAGCAAAGUGACAGACGAAGCACACAGCAGGAAACUCGGCCUAACUCCCCAUCAUCAUUGUGCCUUGAUGCUGAUGCUACUGGGGGUGAUAACAUCAUUGAGGAGGGGAACGAUGAUCCAUACAACAACUUCUUUCCGUCUUCAUGUCAAUCUCUUCCAUCGGAAGCGCCUGGCUCCCAUAUCCCCCAUCUGUUUUCGGUUCGCCGCCUCUUGAAGGUCUUCUCUCGACAUCACCCACCGACAGACGAGUCCGUUCCACAAGAAGCAUCCAAGCGUAGUUUCUUCGCUCGUCGCGCUCGCUCAAACUCGCCACCGAAGCCUGCAACCAUGAAAGCUAACCAACCAGUACCGGAAGGGAAAGUGGGCGAAGGAAAAGGCGAACAAGGUGACAGUAAUCGCGGUUCCACGAAUGAUCCGCUCGCCGCUAUAGAAGAGAAACGCGAACAGCAAGACAAGCCUCCCACGGACGCACAGAGCGCACCAUCUGAUGAUCCCACUCACCCAGGCGACCUCGAUAGGAAAGACGAUCGAACCUUCUGGAAAAGGAUAAUGCGUGCUCGAGGCAAAGACCCUUCCGACGCCAACAUUGCUCCAGCAAUGAAACGUCCCAAAGUCGUUAAGGUAUCUGCUGUGCGCGGGUUCCAGGGAUAUGUCGCAAUGAAGCGGGUACACAAAACAAAGCCAUUGGUGCCCUCAGAUGCCAACUCGUCACACCUCGCAUCAUCGUCGCAAGGAGUCUCUGUACAUGCAGGGCCAUCCUCGCACGCUGUGGUCGCCAAUGGAGCUCAAAUUUCGCAAGCUACUGGGGGUUCAUCAUCGCACGCCGUAGCCGUCAACGCAGCUCAAUCUUCACAAGUCAUUGGAGGUCCAUCAUCGCACGCGUCCCCAUCGCACUUUGUGACCAAUUACCACACCCAUCACGACUCAGAUUCACACUCGAGCAUCGAAGGCUCCUGCAACAGGUUUCUUUAUAGGAUAUGUUUUCCCUUUGGACGCUACCGCAAUGAUUCUUAAUGUUGGCUUGGUUUUAUUGCCGUGCGUAGCUUAGGUUGUAUCCUUCCUUCGUUUCGAAUCUUUUUUCGAGUUGGCUAUCAAACUCAUUCUGCUACACCAGUAAUGACGUUAUUUUCUCUUGCAUGUGUUUAGCUGACUUCAUAAAUACAUUCUGUCCCAUGUGCAUCGGUUCUAUCCUCAGCAUUACAUGUUCACGCGUUCUACUCGCCUCUCCACUUUGUCGCAAUAUAUCAACCUUCGGAAUCGCAAAGCGGUUGUUUGGAUCUGAAGGAUUUGCCAAACAAUGCUGCACAGCCCCCCUUCUAACCUCAUACACUUGUCAUAUACAGGACUUUCUCCCUCUUGUAUGUAUACGGGCAUCGGUGC